AUGGCACUCAACGGAGUGCGCCGGAAAGAUACGACAAAAGGCCCGCCGCUGCGCAUUCUGUCGCUAGACGGCGGAGGCGUGCGGGGGUACUCCAUGCUGAUAAUCCUCCAGGAAUUGAUGCACCGAACUUUUGUCGAAACUGAAGGCCGAGCGCCCAAACGGCACGAAGUUCCGAAACCAUGUGAACACUUCGAUCUCAUCGUGGGAACCGGCACUGGAGGUCUGAUUGCUAUCAUGCUGGGCAGGCUGAGAAUGGACGUGGAAACGUGCAAAGACGUCUACGUGCGCAUGACAAGGAGAGUCUUUGAGACUGACAAGACGUUUGCCGGCAUACCAUAUCGAUCCACAUUAUUCAAGGCGUCGAAGCUGGAGGAGGCCAUCAUGCAAUGCGUGCGCGAACACACCAUCUACGACGACGAGGGCAACGACAACCACAACGGGCAGGAUGCACCACCCAUGACCCCUGGCAGUGCUAUUUCGGGCCGUAUGCAAAGAAGUGCUAGUAAUGCCAGCAACUACAGCCAGAUUGGCAUGACGCCCGUAAACAUGCGCAUAGCCGCCAUGAAGUGGGGGAACCCUCACGCCCUGCUAUACGAUAACCGAGAAGAGCGCACCAAAACCGCCGUCACAGCCGUUUACAAAGGCACAAGAAAAUCCGGCACCGGCCAGAUUCUCCUUCGCUCCUACGACUCACGCAAAGAACCCGCCAUCGAACCCAACGCUACGAUAUGGCAAGCCGGUCGAGCGACAUCCGCAACUGCCUUAGCGUUCAAGCCCAUCCAGAUCGGCCAAUCCGUCUUCCUCGAUGAGGGUUGCGGCAAAUAUAACCCAGCCCCUAUGGCUCUCGACGAAGCUGUUUGCAACGAAUGGCCUGGACGCGAAGUUGGCGUCUUCAUGAGCAUAGGAACGGGAAAGCGACCAGAAGGCACAAACGCCCAACAACAUCUGUGGUGGGAAGGUUUCGUCUCAGGCGGUAUCGGGGACUUUGCGGAAGCGAGAAGGAAGCUGAUCCAAAAGAUUGAAGAUUGCGAGAAGACACAUAAGGAGAUGAAAGACCACCUCGCCAAACGCCACGUAAACCCGGAGAACUACUACCGUCUAAACGUCAACGUCGGUGUAGGAGAAUUCGGAAUGAACGAAUGGAACGCCCUCGCCGAAAUCAGCACAAACACGCGCAUGUACCUCGCUGAAAAAAGCGUACAAGGCAUGACCCUCGACUCGGCCGCAAAAAUCGCAAGAAUCCACUUCGCAAAAGUACGCUGGGAGCGCGCUGCAAAGGGCGAAUCCCCGUUUUCACCGGGUGCCCAAGCACCCAACAAACCCCUCCCUAACGUCCCCGACCCAGCGCCCAUGGCCGUUGAACUCCCAGCGGAGGAACUUGCACCGGAAUACUACACUAACAUCCAUCCCGCCUUCCGCCCCCUACCGGAUCAGCGCCGUCCCUCAGACAACGACAAAUUCCUCGUCGUGUCUUCGGACGAAUACCCGCAGUCAGCGAGUACAGAUGGCUUCUCCGAUCUCCCGCCCCGUCACUCAGGCGAACUGGUGUCUCCAGGACGGCGCUCGGAUGAGCAAUUUCAAGCGGGUCGUCCGGUGUCUUGGAUGAGUUCCGCGACAUCCUGGGACGAUAGGUUAUCUAAUGGGCCCCCAAGACCGCCCAAGACACCGCUGCAGGAUGGAUAUGGACCGCCACCACCUCUUUCGGGUACACGCACCUCACCACCUGCUGGCUCUGCCUUCUCAAGACCCCCGCCUGGGGCGCCGUUGCCGUAUCCUGAUACAGAUGGUCCGCCACCCAUUGUCAAUAAGGCGACGAAACCCGAUUAUACGCGGUGA